GGAAAAGUCGAUAAUUACUCAUUCAGCUGUGGAAAUCCUAGCACUGUGGUUCUUAGAAUGGCAUGGAAUUACUGAAUGCUAAGAAAGAACUGGAGGAAAUAUUGGGAGAAUUAACCAUGUGACUGAGAAUUUGAGCUGCUUGUCAGAUGGAACAUGGGAGAUACACAGCUACUUAUCUCCUGAUUGUAUCAUUGCAUUCCUGAAGGUCUUUCCAAGCCAGUGGUAAUGGAACCACUGAAUGGAGCUGAUGGACAGCCAGAACAACAAAGCAAGACAGAACCAUCUCUGAAAGGUGUUGCGCACCAUUGCUGGGCAGCCUGGUGGAAUGGGAUGACAACAGGCGGAAACCUGUAUCUCUUUGUCCUCUCACUGUUACUGGUUUUCUUCUUUAUGUUUUGGUGUGGUGGAUGUGAGACAGUCCCAGCAGUUCAGGAUAUUUUUGCUGUCUUGUCCAACCUACUUCAUCCAUUUCAACAGCUGGAUUCAGAUUCUAACAAGGAUCUGAUCAAGAAUGAAGGCAUCACAGUGUCUUACCUCCUGCUGUCUCUGUUCUCCCUUGGCUUGCUAUUCGUAGGAACAUUGGUUUGGCGUCUUGUGAAAGCACCUCCAGAUCCCCCAUUUCCCCUCCAAGAGGACAGGCGACAGUCUGUAAGCCGCCAACCAUCGUUCACUUAUUCUGAAUGGACAGAAGACAAAAAUGAUGAUGACUUCCUUGAUUUAGAUCCUGUACCAGAGUCACCAGUUUUUGACUGUGUGAUGGAUAUAAAAGUAGAAACAGAUCCAGCAACUCUUACAGUUAAAUCUGUAGGGCUGCAGGAAAGGCGAGGUUCAAAUGUUUCGCUCACAUUGGACAUGUGUACUCCAGGCUGUUCUGAACAAGGGUUUGGCUAUAUCAUGUCUCCAAGAGAACAGUCAGCUCAAGAAUACCUCCAGACAGCAUCAAAUAUUCUCACAGAGGAGGAGCUGCACCAGAAAGCUUUAGACUCUUUUGUUCUCCAGGCAGAGUUUUUUGAAAUCCCAAUGAACUUUGUUGAUCCAAAGGAAUAUGACAUUCCAGGUUUGGUCCGAAAGAAUCGCUACAAAACAAUUCUCCCAAAUGAUGAUGAUGAUGAUGAUUUUGCGGUUUAUUUUCCUCAUUCCUCUCCCAGCUUAUAUACAGAUAAAGAAUUUAACAGAGACACCUCCAUUCAAUUUAUGUUUAACCAAGCACUUAUGAAGGUGGAUUUGGGAGUUAGGGUGGAUG